AUGGACGGAACAGCGGCAACCGGUCCGCACAAGGACGAAGGUCUCGCUUCGAUUGCAACCUCACCUCCCGCUGUCCCGCAACGAACCCCCUCCCAGACGAGCUUGCACAAGGCCUCGCAUUCCCACCGCCAGAGCUUCGCCGAGAAUCUGAGAAACGCGCCAGGCUCCCCUCGCGCUCAGCGUCACCCGUCCUUCACACAAGCCGCCGUUCAAGAGCUCCUCAACCAUCCGCCUGCCGCCAACAAGCACUCAAACCCACGAUUCGCCGGUCGCGACUGGCGCGACAUCUCCGUCAACGAACUCGUCACUCAAGAUGAUGUCAAGUGGGUGGACUUGGACUCCAGCGUCGAAGAUGCCUCCAUGAUGCUUGUCAAGCACAGCCCCUCCAACAUCGUCCUCAUUCGAGAAGAGGCUUCGUCCCAAACCGCCGUUUCCACAUUCGAUUACAACGACCUCAACACGUAUCUUUUAAUAGUCGUUGGACUGGCGAAACCCGACGAGGAGCAGGUUGCCGUCUACGAUAACAUCGCGGCCAAGGCCCGAGAGGGGACCAGCAUAGCUCUGCGCGAUAUCCAGCCCCUCUUCAGAAAAGAGUCACUUAUCACCUUGCCCUUCGACGAGACGCUGGACAAAGCCAUCGAAGUUUUUGGAAGCGGCAUCCACCAAGUUCUUGUGACCAGCCCCGCUGGCGAUGUCAUCGGUAUCCUCAGUCAGCUCAAGCUGGUUGAGUUCUUCUGGAACGAAGGCAUCAAUUUCCCUGCCAUUGACAAACUAUACCCCGUCAUCCUGCGAGAUCUCGGCAUCGGCACCCAGCACAUUGUAUCCGUCAACUCCGAUAGCCCACUAGGGGACGCUCUGGCUUUGAUGAAUGCCGAGGGCCUCACAAGCGUCGCUGUCGUCGAUAACGGCCGGAACGUCGUAGGCAACAUUUCCAGCGUUGAUGUGAAGCAUCUUACGAACGCCGCCGACGCCCCUCUUCUGAAGUCUUCCUGUAUGCACUUCAUUUCUGUUAUUCUGAGUGAACGCGGCGUCGAACACGGCCGUGAUUCUUUCCCGGUCUUUUACGUCAACCCCUACUCGACACUGGCGCAUACGGUUGCGAAGCUCGUCGCGACGCAAUCCCACCGCAUGUGGGUGGUUGAGUCGGCGUCACCAUCUCCAUCGGCACCCGCGACUCCUUUGUUGGGUCCGACCAAGACGACGACGGUCUUGGUCCCUGGCUCAGGCUCCGCGCCGCAGUCGCCCCUCCCUCCGCAAGUGCACAACGUCGUGCCCGCCGCGGCGAUGCCCGGCACACACCUUUCAGGACGCCUUACGGGCGUCAUUUCCCUGACGGACAUCUUGAACUUGUUUGCAAGGUCGUCCGGUCUGCGGCCCUCGGAUCCGGGGGAGCAGCGGGCGCGACGCCGCAGAAGCUCAAGCAGUUCCAUUCGGCCGAGUCUCGACUCGUCAAGGGCAAGCCUCGACCUGCGCCGGUGA